AUGCCUCCCCUCCCCACCAAGCGAGAAAAUCGCCUCGUAGGCACGUCUCUCAAAAUGUACUUCGACCUCCCCUCCACCCUCCGCUACGUCGAAUCCGUCGCCGCCCUCUCCCAGACCGCCUCAGCCGCCAACGUCGACCUCUUCGUUAUCCCCGACUUUGUCUCCCUCCUCUCCUCCAAAGACCGCCUCCAAAACACAGACGUCUGGCUCGGCGCCCAAGACACCUACAGCGAAGACAAGGGCGCCUACACAGGCGAAGUGAGCCCCCUCACACUCAGCCAAGCAGGCGUAAAAGUCGUCGAAAUCGGACACGCAGAGCGGAGGAGAUUGUUCGGCGAAACAGACGAAGAUGUAGCGAAGAAAGCCGCCGCCAUCGUCCGCAACGGCAUGAUUCCCCUCAUCUGCAUCGGCGAAAAGAGCAAAAGCGAUAUCGCCUCCCAAGCCGUCGGCCUAGCCGUCAGCGAGUGUAAGCCGCAAAUAGAAGCUGCCCUCUCCCAGCUCCCCGACGACGCGGAGGUCAUCCUCGCGUAUGAGCCGGUGUGGGCCAUUGGGGCUUCGGAACCUGCUGGCGCGGACCAUGUGGUUGCUGUGACGCAGAAUUUGAGGGCGUUGUGUGCGGGAAGGAAGGGGAGGACGAGGAUUUUGUAUGGAGGCAGCGCGGGGCCGGGGACGUUUCAGCGCUUGAAGGAGGGGGUUGAUGGGUGCUUUUUGGGGAGGUUUGCGCAUGAUGUGGGCAACUUGGAGAAGGUGAUCAAGGAGAUGAGUGAGUGA